AUGGCUGAAAUCUCGGCGACUUCGUUUCCUUCUUCUCCGUCAUCUGCUCUCGCGUUUCGUCGCUCCCAAAAUGGUAGCUUAAGAUGCCAGAAUGUAGCUUGUCCAAGAACCAUUUCCUUGUUUCAAGAGUUAUCUGUGAAAAAAAGCCAGCUUGUUGGCAUCGGCCAUGUUCCUGGAUCCCGCGGCUGCAAGAAUCAAGCUAUUCGAGCUGUUCUCUCCAGUGAUGAACAAACUGUCGUGGCUGCUGAUUCAAACGGUGCCGGGCUUCGUGGCAAACUGAAGAAAGUCGUUCUAGCUUACAGUGGAGGCUUAGACACCUCCGUCAUUGUGCCAUGGCUUAAGGAGAACUAUGGCUGCGAAGUUGUGUGUUUCACCGCUGAUGUUGGUCAGGGAAUAAAAGAGUUGGACGGUUUGGAACAAAAGGCCAAGGCUAGUGGUGCUUCUCAGUUGGUCGUUAAGGAUCUCACUGAGGAGUUUGUGAAAGAUUACAUAUUCCCUUGUCUUAGAGCUGGUGCCAUCUAUGAACGCAAAUACUUGCUUGGUACCUCCAUGGCUCGACCUGUCAUUGCUAAGGCCAUGGUAGAUGUAGCAGCAGAGGUUGGAGCUGAUGCUGUUGCACAUGGGUGUACUGGCAAAGGAAACGACCAGGUUCGGUUUGAGCUCACCUUCUUUUCGUUGAACCCUGAACUUAAAGUUGUGGCUCCAUGGAGAGAAUGGGAAAUCAUAGGCAGAGAAGACGCUAUUGAGUAUGCCAAGAAGCAUAACGUUCCCGUCCCAGUGACAAAGAAAUCUAUUUACAGCCGAGACAGAAACCUCUGGCACCUUAGUCAUGAGGGUGAUUUGUUGGAAGAUCCUGCAAACGAGCCGAAGAAAGACAUGUACAUGAUGAGUGUAGAUCCUGAAGAUGCUCCUGAUCAGCCUGAAUACAUCGAGAUCGGGAUAGAGUCUGGACUUCCAGUGGCACUCAACGGGAAGGCUCUUUCUCCAGCUACACUUCUCACUGAGCUUAACACAAUAGGAGGCAAACACGGCAUUGGCCGGAUCGACAUGGUUGAGAACCGUCUUGUUGGGAUGAAGUCACGUGGUGUCUAUGAAACCCCCGGAGGCACCAUCCUCUUUGCAGCUGUACAAGAGCUAGAGUCCCUCACUCUAGACAGAGAGAGCAUUCAGGUGAAAGACUCAUUAGCACUGAAAUACGCAGAGUUGGUCUACGCGGGAAGAUGGUUUGAUCCGCUUAGAGAGUCCAUGGACGCUUUCAUGGAGAAGAUCACUGAGACAACCACAGGAUCCGUUACACUGAAGCUGUACAAAGGAUCUGUGUCGGUUACAGGGCGUAAGAGUCCCAACAGUCUGUAUAGACAGGACAUUUCUUCGUUUGAAGGGAGUGAGAUCUACAACCAAGCUGAUGCAGCUGGGUUUAUUCGGCUUUACGGUCUUCCUAUGAGAGUUAGAGCGAUGCUUGAGAAAGGUAUCUAG